CCUCAGGCAGCCAGGUCCUUAGGCCAUCACAGCCCCAGGCAGACAACAUACCUCAGGCUCUCUCCAACCACGUCGACCUCGGCAUCGACGUUUUAUAUCAACUUCAACUUCACUUCAUCAAUCCUCCUAUCGUCCUCGAUCUAUAUCUAUCUAUGUAAGGUCAUAUACGCCCUGUUGGUCUGAUUUCCCUUGAUCCAUCUCCCCGUCGGACGACUAUAUAUUUUUACAGGACCGUCAUGACUACCACCAUUUAUCUCCUGCACCCGAAACAGAAGAUGAAACGUAUCAAACCCGAUCAAAGAGAUAUAUUACACCUCUCUCGAUAAUUUCUUCUUAGAUAUCUCAUCUUCAACCUCAGAGAGGCUCCACUGAUGAUAUCGUUCACAUUCCACCCAUAUCCCUGCCACGGGGAUCGGACAGACCAGGACCUCGUUCUUCCUCGACAUCAUUCAUCCCAGCGUCAAUCUUCGUACGAUCCCCAUGGAUUAUCUCCCUAACUGACCGACAGGGAUGAGAUCCCUCAGUCAUCUCGCCUUCCUGAUUAUCUUGACCCUCCUGCACCCCGCAACCGCGGAGCAUCCUCCGCCCUGGAAUGGCUCCACCACUCUCGUCCCCUAUGUCGUCGACCCGCUCCCGCUAGGCUCCGUCCGCCCCCAGGGCUGGCUCGCCGACCAGCUCGCCCUCAUGGCCGAUGGACUCCCCGGCCAUGAGCACGAUUUCUACCGAUAUGUCCGCGACAGCGUCUGGGUCGGUGGCGCCGACGAGUACAGCGACGCCCACGAAGCCCUGCCCUACUGGCUCAACGGUCUCGUACCCCUGGCCGCUUUGACCGACAGCCCCCGCCUCUGGAACCAGGCCCGCAACGUCUCCGAUGCCGUCCUUGAUCGCCAGCAGUCCGAUGGCUGGCUGGGUUCCGAGCCCGCCGACGGUCCCCGCGACCUCUGGGGCCGCUUCCCCCUGGUCCUGGCCCUGACCCAGCUCGCCGAGGCCGACCCCGACCGCGCGCCUCGCAUCCGAGACGCUUUGCACCGCUUCGUUGCCUGCACCCAUACAAUGCUGGCCGACAACUACCGCGGGUACAUCUCCUCGGGCGACGAUGACCCUCGCGGCUUCAUGGACUGGCUCACCACCCACGACCCCCGCAACGGCACUGAGACGCACCGUCUGUUCGACUGUAUGUACUGGCUGCAGCGCGGAUUUCACGAUUGGACCCAGUGGUACACCAACGGCGUCUACCUCGACACCCUUUCCGCCGAUCAAGUCAACCAGAACGGCCCCUUCGAGCACGGCGUCAACAUCGCCCAGGGGUGGAAGUACGCCGCCUUCGUGCGCCGCUUCUCCCAUAACGACGGCCUGGCCGAUAGCGCUCGCCGCGCCGUCCGCUGGACCCUGGAAUCCCACGGUACCCCGUCAGGAUCCAUUAUCGCCGACGAACGCCUCUCCGGCCGCAGCCCCACGCGCGGCACGGAGUUCUGCACCGUCGUCGAGGCCCUUUUUCCCCUCGCUUACCUGCACCGCGCCCUGCGCACCCCCGGCCUGGCCGACGCCACCGAGUGCGUGGCCUUCAACGCCCUCCCCGUCAUGGCCCUGCCCGACUGGUGGGCCCACCAGUACGUCGCCCAGACUAACCAACCCAUCUCCCACGUCCUCGACAACUCCCCUUUCUCCAACAUCGGCACCGAUGGCCAAAUCUAUGGCCUUGAACCGCACUACCCCUAUUGCACCGUCAACCAUCCACAGGGAUACCCCGAAUACGUGGCCGGGUCGUGGGGGCGCACUGGAGACGGCGUCGCCGUUGACAUAGUCUGCGACACAGCCUACCCCUUCUCGCCCGAGCUAACCUACACCGUGCAGGCCGACGGGCCGGCCGAUAUUCUCGUGCGCAUCUCGGAGUGGUCGGCACCGCGCGACACUCGGGUGACGGUGGAUGAGCGGUCGGCGGAAUCUGCCCAGCCGGAUCCCGCCACCGGCCUGCACACGAUCCCCGUGGACGCUGGCAAGACACGGGUCGAGGUGCGCCUGGCGCCGACAGUGCGCGUGGAGCAGCGUGCCAACGACACGGUGUCGCUCUUCCACGGCACACUGCUGUACGCUAACCCCGUGGGAUUCAACGACACGACGACGCUGGAUCCCUCGUACCCGGAGGGGACGGCGCCGGAGCAGGUGCGCAACCACGCCCUGCAGCCGACGGGGCAGUGGGCGUACGCCGUGGACCCGAGCACGGCGCGAUACGAGGGACUGGACAAGGAUGGAGGGAGCCUCCCAGACCUGUUGUGGACGACGGGUGCGCCCACGGCAAUUAUAGUGACGGUGUGUCGGAUUGACUGGCCCAUGCAGGACGGCUUCGCGUCUAACCCGCCGUUGGGGGAGAGUCGGCGCUGCGUAGAGGUGCGGCUGGUGCCGUAUGGGAGUGCCAAAUUGCACAUGGCGGAGUUGCCCGUGAUGGAGCAGUCGUCUUAG